CAAUAAUAAGAUCUAACCGCUCAAAUUAAGAAAACGCGUCUGCCUCUUUUUCCUCUAUUUAUUUUCCCCUCUGCCUCUUUCGCCUAUUCUCAUCUCCAAAUUCCAUAUUAAUACUGUACCGCUGCCGCUAUCAAGUCACCAACACAACUCUCAUCAAAGCCAUGGCUCUCUGCAUCUUCACUCUCUUUCUCUUCUUUUCUUUACUCUCCCUCUCCCUCUCUACCCAAGAAACCAAAUACAAUACCACCUCUAUUUCCUUGUCUUUCCCUCUCAAAUCGCUCUCUCGCUCUCCAAACGCCUCUCCGUCGUUUCACUCGUCUUUUGUCUCGCAAACCAAGCAGAACCCACCAAUCAAAACUUUACCUUACAACUACAGAUCCACCUUCAAGUAUUCGAUGGCCUUGAUUGUGUCUUUGCCUAUUGGGACUCCUCCUCAGACCCAGCAAAUGGUUUUGGACACUGGUAGCCAGCUCUCCUGGAUUCAGUGCCACCACAAGGCCCCUAAAAGGCCUCCUCCUACGACGGCGUUUGAUCCUUCUCUCUCCUCUUCCUUUUCUGUUUUACCAUGCACUCAUCCUCUUUGCAAGCCUCGAAUUCCCGAUUUUACCCUUUCUACCUCUUGUGACCAGAACCGUUUAUGCCACUAUUCUUACUUUUAUGCUGACGGUACCUAUGCCGAGGGCAGUCUCGUCAGGGAGAAAUUCACGUUUUCUCGUUCCCAAAGUACCCCUCCUCUCAUCCUGGGUUGUGCGCAAGACGCCGGUGAUGACAAGGGUAUUUUGGGGAUGAAUCUUGGGCCCCGGUCAUUUGUUUCCCAAGCUAAAAUAUCCAAAUUCUCAUAUUGCGUACCAACACGGCAAACUCGGACCGGGUUAUCAACUGGAUCAUUUUACUUGGGAGAAAAUCCAAACUCGGGUGGGUUUCAAUACCUUAGUCUUUUGACUUUUACUCAAAGUCAAAAGAGUUCGCCAAACUUGGAUCCUUUAGCUUACACGGUUCCAAUGCAAGGAAUAAGGAUUGGCAACAGGAGACUGAACAUACCAGUUUCGGCUUUCCGGCCUGACUCAAGUGGUUCGGGUCAAACCAUGAUAGAUUCAGGCUCCGAGUUCACUUACUUGGUGGACGCCGCAUACAACAAAGUGAGGGAAGAGAUAGUACGACUGGCGGGUCCAAAAUUAAAGAAGAACUAUGUGUAUGGUGGAGUAUCAGACAUGUGUUUCGAUGGCAAUCCGAUGGAAAUUGGACGAUUAAUAGGCAACAUGGUGUUCGAAUUUGAGAAGGGAGUAGAGAUUGUGAUAGAUAAAGAGAGAGUUCUAGCUGAUGUUGGAGGCGGGGUCCACUGCAUAGGAAUUGGACGGUCAGAGAUGUUAAAUGCAGCAAGUAACAUAAUAGGAAAUUUCCAUCAACAGAAUCUCUGGGUGGAGUUUGAUGUAGCCAAUCGUAGAGUGGGGUUGGGUAAGGCGGACUGCAGCAGAUUGGCGUAGGACUCCAAACUAAACCACAUAUUGAAUUUAAAAAGGGCGUACAAAGAAAUUAUCGGAGGGGCGUGGGAAUAGAGAUGUAAUCCAACGGCCCAUAUGAAUCUAACAUAUUAGCGAUAAGAAAGGUGCAUGGUUGGCGAUAGAGUGUAAGUUCACGGGAAUGGUAAUAGAUUUGUUGUGUUGACAGAGUUGUGUAAGAUAAUAUUUGUUGGGUUGUUUGUUUCAUUAAAUUAAUUUGAAAUCAGAAUACCUUAAUUAGAGUUAU